AUGGAUGUUGUGCCUAUCACAAAGUGUGGAUCUAAACUACCAGAGGGGUGUGCUGAGAUAAUAUGUAAGGGGAUGUUUAAGGAGGUACAGGUCCAAUCCUUAUCACAGACAGACAGAUGUACAGUGUACAACAUCUACACAGUACUACUGGAUAAGAAACUUGCUGAGCUACAGGGAAUGGGAAAUGAUUUUGUGUUUGGGUUUAUUCAGUCCAUGGAUACAGAAAAAGACCCUCGGAAUCUUCUACUGGCCUUCCACUGUGCUCGGACAAUCAUUCUUAAUUUCUCUCUAGGACCUUUUGUGGAGGAAAUGUUUGAAGUCACAUCAUGUUACUUUCCCAUUGAUUUUACUCCA